AUGCAUAGUAUGGAGAUGACUGACGACGAAGACGAUGGCGACGUGGGCAGUGAUAUCGUAACUUCAUCGCCAAUUAUAUUGCUCAGAAAAAACGAUUCUUCUACAAAAAUUUUGAAUCGGUCAGGAAACUGUACUUUGCCAGUUGCAAAGGCACAAACGAAAAAGCUGCAAGUUAUUUUGUCACUUUUGGGUGAGAAAAGGGACUCGAAAGACAUGAAGGAGAUAAGAAAACUUAUCAGCAAGUGGCAAAACAAAACGCGAAUUGUUACAUUAGAAGAGGAGGCAAGGAGAAAAGAAAUUUCCAAGGCUUUGCAAGACCUUAUCAACAAGUUUGAUGAAGUUAAUCUCGAAGUGGUCAAGAAUGCAAUGAUCGAUGAUGCUGAUGGUGAAGACGAUGAAAACGCAACGAUUCCCUGCGAACAAUUAUCACUUAUUGAAUCGGAUGAUGAAGAAAAUGUUGAGCCGAAGCACAAAUUUGAUCGUAUUCUUCAAGGAGUAAAAAAUGAAGUCCGUGAUCAUGUUGUAAUCGAAGAGGGUGUUGAGAAGUUGAUUCUCACUGGUGGUGAUGCACAAGCCGAUUUGAGCAUAGACGCAGGAACAACUAAUGUGCAAGUGGAUGAAAAGUCGGAGCCUAUGAACAAAGAGAGCGAUAUCAAUCAU